AUGGCCCUCACCGGCCUUGCCGCUGCCGCUCGGGUCCUUCGUCGGAGCUCUUGGAGUCGCCAUGCGCGUGCACGCUUUGCGCUUCCCCCGGGAGUAGUCCUCCCGAGGAGCAAGGGGCCUCCCGCCGCCACUCGUUGCGAGGGUGCCGAGAGUUGCGCUCAGACCGACGGAUCCGUCGCAUCACCUUUGCUUCUCCGCGCGCUCCAUUCGCUGGUUGAGUCUACUCAGCCCUCCGCUCCUCAUCCCUCCGGCUCCGCCCCUCGUGUCUCGCGUUCCUUCUCACCUAUCGUGCCGUCGCAGCUCGCCGCGGAGCUGUGCACGAGCGCUGCCAGCAGCGUUCCCCUGCCCGUGCAGCACGGCGCGUCCACGAUGCGCGCCGCCGUGAUGCGCGAGGUGGGCGCGCCGCUGCGCGUGGAGCUGCUGCGCAUCCCGCGGCCCCAGGCGGGCGAGGUGCUCAUCAAGACACGCGCGUGCGGAGUGUGCCACACGGACCUGCAUGUGAUGCGCGGCCACGUGGCGUUCCCCGCGCCCUGUGUGCUGGGCCACGAGGUCAGCGGGGAGGUCGUGGACCAUGGCGCCAGCACUGAUGCUGACACCAUCGCCAGGUGCGCUGGGUGGCAUGGCGUGCUGGUAGCAGGCCGCAGUGCAGUGAGCACGCACAGCUGCUGCCUGUGUGUGCCUUGCGGGCUUGCCUCACCCGCCUGCCAUCAAUGCUUGCCUCACCCGCCUGCCAUCAAUGCUUGCCUCACCCGCCUGCCAUCAAUGCUUGCCUCACCCGCCUGCCAUCAAUGCUUGCCUCACCCGCCUGCCAUCAAUGCUUGCCUCACCCGCCUGCCAUCAAUGCUUGCCUCACCCGCCUGCCAUCAAUGCUUGCCUCACCCGCCUGCCAUCAAUGCUUGCCUCACCCGCCUGCCAUCAAUGCUUGCCUCACCCGCCUGCCAUCAAUGCUUGCCUCACCCGCCUGCCAUCAAUGCUUGCCUCACCCGCCUGCCAUCAAUGCUUGCCUCACCCGCCUGCCAUCAAUGCUUGCCUCACCCGCCUGCCAUCAAUGCUUGCCUCACCCGCCUGCCAUCAAUGCUUGCCUCACCCGCCUGCCAUCAAUGCUUGCCUCACCCGCCUGCCAUCAAUGCUUGCCUCACCCGCCUGCCAUCAAUGCUUGCCUCACCCGCCUGCCAUCAAUGCUUGCCUCACCCGCCUGCCAUCAAUGCUUGCCUCACCCGCCUGCCAUCAAUGCUUGCCUCACCCGCCUGCCAUCAAUGCUUGCCUCACCCGCCUGCCAUCAAUGCUUGCCUCACCCGCCUGCCAUCAAUGCUUGCCUCACCCGCCUGCCAUCAAUGCUUGCCUCACCCGCCUGCCAUCAAUGCUUGCCUCACCCGCCUGCCAUCAAUGCUUGCCUCACCCGCCUGCCAUCAAUGCUUGCCUCACCCGCCUGCCAUCAAUGCUUGCCUCACCCGCCUGCCAUCAAUGCUUGCCUCACCCGCCUGCCAUCAAUGCUUGCCUCACCCGCCUGCCAUCAAUGCUUGCCUCACCCGCCUGCCAUCAAUGCUUGCCUCACCCGCCUGCCAUCAAUGCUUGCCUCACCCGCCUGCCAUCAAUGCUUGCCUCACCCGCCUGCCAUCAAUGCUUGCCUCACCCGCCUGCCAUCAAUGCUUGCCUCACCCGCCUGCCAUCAAUGCUUGCCUCACCCGCCUGCCAUCAAUGCUUGCCUCACCCGCCUGCCAUCAAUGCAGCCAGCGCCAUUGCCGCUACUACCCUGGGGUGACGCCUGCUGUGCUCGGCCUUUACAGUGCCACCCACCUGCUGCCUCUUCUCAUUCCUGUCCCCCCCUGCUGCCCCCUGCCUGUCGUGACCACGAUGCAUACGCGGGGGGAGCAGGGUGCCGGUGGGAUCACGAGUGGUUGCGGCGUUCAUCAUGCCCGCGCAUGGCAGGGGCAGGAGGACAUAUGUUCCACAUUCUUUGCAUUCAACCGCCUGCACGGCACGCUCUACGACGGCCACACGCGCCUCUUCUCCGCCGACCCCUCCGCGGCCCCCCUGGCGAUGUACAGCAUGGGCGGGCUGGCGGACUACUGUGUGGCGCCUGCCACCGCCGUGGCGCCACUGCCCCCCGCGCUGCCGCUGCCCGAGGCCGCCGUCAUGGGCUGCGCGCUCUUCACCGCCUUCGGAGCGUUGCGCCACGCGGGGGACGUGCGGGCCGGCGAGACCGUGGCGGUGGUGGGGGCGGGCGGCGUGGGCGGCAGCUGUGUGCAGGUGGCGCGCGCCAUGGGGGCGGCGAGCAUCGUAGCGGUGGACGUGGGGGAGGACAAGCUGCAGCGCUGCCGUGCCCUGGGCGCCACCCACACCGUCAACGCCGCCAAAGAGGACGUGGUGGACGCCAUCAGGGUGGGUGCACCGUGGGGGUGCUGCACGGGUGGGGUGGGGUGUGUGGCCAUAACGGGGGGCAGGGGGGUGGACGUGGCGGUGGAGGCGUUGGGGCGGGCGGAGACUUUUGGGCAGACGGUGCAUGCAGUGAGGGACGGGGGCAGGGCGGUGAUGGUGGGCAUUGCUGCUGCCGGCACCACCGCUGCCGUCGACAUCACCCGACUCGUGCGCCGCAAUAUCAAGAUCAUAGGGUCGUACGGGGCCAAGGCGCGGUCGGACCUGCCAGCAGUGGUGGCGCUGGCAGCAGCGGGGAGGGUGGACGUGGUGUCCAGUGUCACGGAGCGCUACCGCCUCGACGAUGCGGAUAGUGCCUACUGCAAGCUGGAAAAGGGCAAUGUGCUAGGCCGGGCUAUUGUAGACAUGACUCUCUGA